CUGGCCGUCGAGCACCAGUCACACCACAGGGGAAGAAGCGCGCGAGGCGCAUCUGUGUACGCUGGCUGCAGCGCGCGGAGGUCAGGCUGUCCAACAUGCACGCGCUCGACCAGACCCUGGUGCUGUGCGCGUACGGCUUCUUCUCCAACCUGCGGCCGUCGGAGCCCUUCCUCACCGCCUACCUCAUGGGCCCGGACAAGAACCUGACGGAGACUCAGGUCGUCAAUGAAAUCUAUCCCGUCUGGACGUAUUCCUACCUGGUCCUGCUGUUCCCCAUCUUCCUGGCCACGGACUACCUCCGUUAUAAGCCCGUGUUGAUCCUGCAGGCCACCAGCUUAGUGGUGACCUACGUCAUGUUGCUGAGGGCGCAGGGCAUGCGGGCCAUGCAGCUCCUCGAGUUCUUCUUCGGCCUGGCGACGGCCUCCGAUGUGGCCUACUACUCGUACAUCUACAGCGUCGUAGAGCCGGCUCACUACCAGAGGGUGACGGGUUACUGCCGCAGCAUCGCCCUGUUUGGAUCGGCUGCUGGGUCUCUGACCGGCCAGCUCCUGCUCUCGGUGGCCAAAGUCCAGCUGGUCCACCUGGUCAUCAUCACUCUGGCGAUGGCCGCGGUGGCCUCCGUCGCCCCCUGGUUUCUCCCCAUGCCCAAGAGAAGCUUGUUCUUCCACCAGAGUCCCGGAGCGGCGGCGGAGAAGCCCCGCAGCAGCAGCACGGCUCUACUGGAGAAGGCCGACAGCCAGGACGUCUCCGCAGUGAGUGGUUCGGGUCUCCCGGUGGCCAUACCCAGGUCCUCUGAGACAGGAAGUUGGAGCAGCGGCCUCGUGGGCGUGUUGCGGGUUCUGUUUGAUGACUUCCUGAAGUGCUACAGGUGUCGAUCCCUGCUGGCCUGGUCCCUGUGGUGGGCUCUGGCCACCUGCGGCUACUUCCAGGUCAUCAACUACGCUCAAGCCCUGUGGGAGAACAUCCGUCCAUCCCAGGACUACGAGAUCUACAACGGCUACGUAGAGACCCUGUCCACACUGCUAGGGGCUCUGGCAGCCCUGCUGGUGGGCCACUUGCCUGUGUGCUGGUCUCUGUGGGGGGAGCUGGCUCUGUGCGUCCUCUCCCUGCUGAUGGCUUUGUGUGUGUUUGCUAUGGACACACUUGGGAACAUCUGGCUGUGUUACAGCUCAUACGUCCUCUUCAGAGCGAUAUACAUGCUGCUCAUCACCGUGGCAACAUAUCAGGUUGCAGCCAGCCUCAACAUGCAGCGCUACGCUCUGGUGUUCGGGGUGAACACCUUCAUGGCGCUGCUGCUGCAGACUCUGCUCACCGUGGUGGUGGUGGACUCGGCCGGCCUCGGCCUCGACGUCUUUACUCAGUUCCUCAUCUACGGCGGCUACUUUGCGGUCAUUUCUGUGGUCUUUCUGCUCGCUGGGCUUUGCAAAGUGGCCUCCAGGAGGCGCUCCAAGCAGCAGCAGGAGGUCCUGGCCAUCAGACGGGUAGAAACAGAGUCCUCCUCUCCAGCCAGCUGAGGGCUCACGUCCUCAGGAAAGCAGCUUCAGUGAGUGAGCACUGAAGUCCUGGAAUGACUCCAGACACACAGCGCUGGGAAGUUAUGUUACGUUCCACUUGAGUCAGAAAGUGUUUACACUCUGAGGCUCUCCAGAAGAGAACUGUAUGAAUAUGUUGACCCUAUGAGUAUGUUGACCCUAUGAGUAUGUUGACCCUAUGAGUAUGAAUAUGAGUAUGUUGACCCUAUGAGUAUGAAUAUGAGUAUGUUGACCCUAUGAGUAUGAGUAUGUUGACCCUAUGAGUAUGAGUAUGAGUAUGUUGACCCUAUGAGUAUGAGUAUGUUGACCCUAUGAAUAUGAGUAUGUUGACCCUAUGAGUAUGAGUAUGUUGACCCUAUGAGUAUGAGUAUGUUGACCCUAUGAGUAUGAGUAUGUUGACCCUAUGAGUAUGAGUAUGAGUAUGUUGACCCUAUGAAUAUGAGUAUGUUGACCCUAUGAGUAUGAGUAUGUUGACCCUAUGAGUAUGAGUAUGUUGACCCUAUGAGUAUGAGUAUGUUGACCCUAUGAGUAUGAGUGAGUAUGUUGACCCUAUGAGUAUGAGUAUGUUGACCCUAUGAAUAUGAGUAUGUUGACCCUAUGAAUAUGAGUAUGUUGACCCUAUGAAUAUGAGUGUGUUGACCCUAUGAGUAUGAGUAUGUUGACCCUAUGAAUAUGAGUGUGUUGACCCUAUGAGUAUGAGUAUGUUGACCCUAUGAAUAUGAGUGUGUUGACCCUAUGAGUAUGAGUAUGUUGACCCUAUGAAUAUGAGUAUGUUGACCCUAUGAAUAUGAGUGUGUUGACCCUAUGAGUAUGAAUAUGAGUA